AUGUCUCGGGCCCAGUCUCCGUCCGGGAAGAUUGACCAGUUCAAUGCCUGCGUGUCGUCGUCGUCGCCGCCGUCGAGGUCGUUCCAGAAGGAUGCCAGCUUGCGAGAAUGGGUCGUUCAGAAUCAAAUAGGUAUCUCAUUGACCAUCCUCUCGACGCUGCUCGCCGCCCAUAACCUAUACCCCUCCGUCCAGUCUUUCACAGCGCCUUUUUUCCAGAUGUCCUAUUAUCACCCCGAGACCGGCUUAUAUACGCAAGGCUGGGACGAUGUAUAUUUUGUGAUCAGCGCGUUUUUGGCUUUCACGGCUGUCCGCGGCAUGUGCAUGGAUUGGAUAUUUACUCCCUUGGCCAGGUUCUGCGGCUUGAAGAGAAAGGCCUCGGUGCGAGUCGCUGAACAAGCCUGGUUGGUCUGCUAUGACUUGACUUACUGGAGCUAUGGCAUGUAUCUUUGGAGCAAUUCGAGCUAUUGGUGGGAUUACAAGGCCAUCUGGGCCGAGUGGCCCAGACGAGACCUUGCCGGAGAAAUGAAGUGGUAUCUUCUGACACAGCUCGCGUUCUGGAUUCAACAAAUUUUCACUGUCAAUAUUGAAGAGCGCCGGAAAGACUUUUACCAGAUGCUUAGCCACCACGUGAUUACAAGCACGUUGUUGAGCGCUGCGUAUAUAUACCGCUUUUUUAAUGUUGCGAACGUGGUCUUGUCUUUGAUGGAUAUUGUGGAUUUCUUACUGCCUACGGCGAAAAUCAUCAAGUACUUCGGAUACGAAACAAUCUGCAACGCCGCAUUCGUCGUAUUUAUUCUAACAUGGUUUAUCACCCGACACAUCUUCUACCCCAUACUUUGUUGGUCGAUCUACCAAAAUGUGCCCGCAGCAAUGCCGUACGGAUGCUAUUCCGGGACAACCGCGGAAUUGUAUACGACCGAUGGAUAUCCAAAUCGGUUUGCGUAUAUGUUCGGUCCGUACUUCAGCGAAGAAGGCCCGUUUUGCAUGAACCCAACUAUCAAAUGGGUAUUCCUUUCUUUCCUCCUAGCCAUUGAACUUCUUUCAUUGGUGUGGUUCACCAUGAUUAUGAGGGUCGCCAUCCACGCAAUCCGGUCUGGGAAUGCCGAGGAUAACCGGAGUGAUGACGAGGAUGAAGAGGAAGACGAAGAAGUGGAAGUCGAAGUGUCUAUGAGCCCGAGGAACGAAAGCUUCAACGUUGCCACAGUCGAGAAGGCGUCUGGUACUGAGAGCUCAUGGCGCAGGGCAAAUGCACCCGCUCACAGUCGGCGCGCCCAUGGUGGAAUACUGGGUGACAGUGACCGAAAAGCUCUUCUUGGUAGAAUUGGCUGUGAUAAGCCGACGCAUGAUUGA